CAUUGGCGGGAAAAGCUGCAAGCCAAACAAAACAACACAGAGUCGAAAAUGGAUAUAUGAAAAUCCGAAAAAUAGAACACAGAAAAGAGAAGAGAGAGAGUGAGUUUGUUGCAGUGUGAGAAAAAUGGUGGAAGGUAGCUUCAACACCGAUAUCCAUAGAAUAAUCGUAGCCAUUAAAUCCUCCGAGGUUGUCGAGGAACGCGUUCAGUUGUUUACCGAUCUCGGACGCAUAGACUUGAAGAAUGUGUCCGAGUCCGAUCAUGUUUCCGUCAUUAACUGCCUCGUAACUUUUUGGGAGAACUUCACAUGUUUGGAUGUGACCCAGUGCAUGCUAAAUAGAAGCAUUAUGCAAGUAGCUUUGAGGUAUAUAGAUUUUAACCUAUCAAGUUGCUUACCACAAAUUCUCACUCUUGGAGCCAAGGCCUGUGUCUGGUGUGGCAAGCAUCUAAAGAUGAGCCUCUUGUCAACAGAAGAAUCUCAGGAAGAUGAACAUAGCAAUGUAUUUUACCAGCUUCUACUGGAGAUCCUAAGGUUUUCUGCAUCAACAUUUUCAAAUUUGUUGAAAUCCUCUGAUUUUCGUGACAAGGAAUCACUGGACAUUGUUGAAAUCUUCAUUUCAGAAGCAUUAAGUCUAACUAAAGAUUCUAUAUCAGAUGCUAAGAAACUUCAAUCAUUUGGAUCUGAAAUAUUGAAGGUUGCACACAUGGUCAUUGAUGCUGUGGUAAAAUUGUGCAAGGCUCGUUCUGAAUUAGCAAACUGGGAGGGCAGUGAUGAAAAAUGGUUGAGGCUUGACAAGCCUACCACUGUCGACCAUGUUAUCAACAUAACAAAAUGUGCAAUAGAAAAGCUGUCUGAUAUUGGUGUCGUUGCUGCAAAUGAAGGUGGCAAUUUUGUCAAUAUUCUUAAUGUCUCCUGGAAAGGUGUUGUUUCUUUGCUUCAAAUUGGUGGUGGACAUUUUACAGAAGUGAACGUAGCAAAUAUAGUGUUAACUUUGCUUGAAUUGAUAUUGGAGCCUCUGAAAUGUGCUGCCCAGGUUUGGUCUUCAUCACUGAAUGAAGCCAUUUCUGUAACUGAAGCUAAAAGGAUCUUCGUCCCGGUGAAAUUUUACCUAAUUAAUGCUGUUAAAAUAUGCUCACUGUAUCCUCAUCAGGCCUAUACAGUGUACAAGGAAAUUGCACUGUGUGUUCUCAAAAUCACAUGCUUUUGGAUUUUUGUAAGCAAUGAAAAUCUUCUGAAUUGUGCUUCUGUGAUAAUUACCGAAUUAUUGGAGGAAACAACAUUGGAUCUGCUAUUAUCUUUGCUAAAUUCUCAUGAACUGAAACUGGAACAGAAGCUUGAGGUGCUAGAAUGGUUGUUCAUUAAUAAAGGGGAUUCUCAUUCUGACCUCGAUUGUGCAACCUUUAGUGAUUGUAAUCUUGCAUGGGUCAAUGAUAUCUUUUGCAAUAGUUGUGAAAGUAUGAACAGAACAAAAAUACUAAUGCUUGGUCGGGUUGUACUUUUUAUUAACUUCCUCAGAUAUUCUCUCGGGCUUGAUGAAGAUGUGAAAGUAGCAAUUACUCAGAAGCUCCAUUGGUUUUUGGAUAUUUUAGUUGAGGAAGAUGUCUAUUCUCACAUACUUGUUUUACGAUUUCCUUUAUUGUAUGGCUCUGGAAAAACAGCAGAACUGGUGUGGAAUCCUAUGUUUACUUCCCUCUUGCAAGCAUUCAAAACCUUCAUGAUUGUGAUCUCUUCGAGCACAGCCUGGGAGGGUUUGGAGUCUUUCUUACUAGAGAAUUUCUUUCAUCCUCACGUUCUAUGCUGGGAGAUUGUGAUGGAAUGUUGGUGCUUUAUGCUCCGACAUGCUGAAACACAAAUGGCAAACAACAUCCUUAGCAAACUAUGUUCAUUACUUAAGCUGCUGGCAUCCUCAGACUCAGUUUUCCUGCCUUGUUCUUCCUUCAGAAAGUUGGCAAGAUCAAUAUGCAUGCUUUUAAACUGUGUUUCACAAUCAAUGGUUAACGAGGUGUACAUGUCUCUUGUUGGUGAUGGGAGAUCGCAGUUGUCAUCAAUUUUUUGUUUGGCUCUGUUCAUAGAAGGUUUUUCACUUGAUUUACUAACAGAUGAGUUCAAAAAAAAUUCCAUCAAAAAAAUCUUGUCUGAUUAUUUUGACUUCAUAGACAACUUUGAUAAAGCAUCAUUGGUUGCAUGCUCCUCUGGUUUGUUUGGUGUUCCAGUUUUUAUUCUUUCUGCUUCUUUGCAAUCACUCUCUAAGACUAGUCUUCCCCGCACUGAGGAGGGACCAUCUGAUAUUGAUACAAGGACCUUUAAGUUUUUGGUUGCAAUUUCUUCUAAUUACAAAAGUACUGUAGACAGAGUAAUCAAGGAUCAUCUUCUUCAGCUCUUCAGUGAAACUCUAGGGAUCACCUCAUAUUUGGAACAUGUGUAUAAAUCAACUGAUAUCGAACAAGCCAUCACACAGAUUGAAAAUAUCUUUUUGUCUGAGCCUCCAGCCCUUUUGUACAAAUGCAAACCACAUUUGGCUCAAUUCCUGGCAGGACUUGUACACAUGGAAAUUUCAGAAAGUGAUGAUGAUGCUAAGAGCUGUGCUGUGUGGGAAUUGUAUCACUUGCUCUUGAAAGAGCGGCACUGGGCACUCAUUCAUUUGGCAAUAACCGCAUUUGCAUGUUUUGCUGCUGGUACUAGCUGCAAUCAGUUAUGGAGAUUUGUUCCACAGGAUGCAGCCCUUUCAUAUGAUAUAGUUUCAGGAGUGGAGGUAACUAAGGAAACAUUUAUGGCUGAGUUUGGAAAAUUUCUUAAAAAGGAAAUAGCUCUUCUUACAGUUGCACCAAGCCCUGAACAGCUUGAGCUGCUAGGGAGAGAAGGUCUUGUGUUGAAACAAAUGGUUCGAAAGAUUCCAGCCAUUGCUGAAGAGAGAGAGAGAUGUGAGAUCAUGGAAGUUGAUCACAAAAACCAAUCAAAUAAAAAAAGGAAACUUCCUGAUGGAAUUAGUAGAGGAGUGGAAUUGCUGAAAAGCGGUUUAAAGAUUAUUAGUGACGGUCUUUCCCAGUGGCAACUUAAUCAUUUUGAUACCACUGAACUGCAUACAAAAUAUUUGAUACAGUUUUCUCAACUUGAAGACGUAAUUACGCACUUCGAGGAAUUGACAGGGAACAGUGAGGUAUGUUCGGCUUCUAUUCAGAGUAUUUCAAGAGGUUGAUUAUUCAGUAAAAUUUAGUUUCUCCUUACUCCUUUUCUAUCUUGUCUUUAUGAGCAAAAAAAAUAUAAUUUGUUUGAAGACUGAUAAUCAAAUUCUAUUAAAAAAUAUAGUUAAUAUUGUUUUAAAAGAAUAGCUAUUGUAUAUUUUAUGUAGCAUAAUUUUUUAGAAUAAGGUUUUCUAAUUUCUAUACAUACAUUGUAUAGUGUACAUUUAAUCCCAUCUGACUUUGUGGAAAAAUGUGUUCUGGUAUUUGAAAA